UAUUCUUUCCACGUCAAUCUGUGGACCAAGAAGACACACUGACAUCCGGAUUAAGAAACGACUGACAAUUUAAUCUUCAUCGAAUCAAAUUGACAAGUAUUUGAACGGGUCACCGUUGUCAUUUGUGAUAUUUGAGUGAUAUGAAUUCGCUUGUGGGAUACGGGGUAUCAUCCGAGUCAGAGGAUGAAGAGAAGGGAGAAGACUAUCAAAAGGAGUCCUUCAAAAAGACGGAUUGUGCUGUAAAGGAGGCAAAAAGCCGUAAUUUCCUGUUGGAGUCGGAAUCGCCUUCCAGUGAGUCUGAAUCUGGUCCAGAGAACGAGGAACAAGAGGAGGCACCUCCUGCCAAACGCUCCUUUUCUGAGUCCUUGCUGACCCCGUCCCUCCGUCCUCAGACUCACAAGCUCCCGCCACCACCUCUGGGAGGCUCCAGCUCAGGUGGAGCACUUACAGGCAGUAGUGUGUUUGCUAACCCCUUCAAAGUAAUGGCUGAGGAAAGACUGAAUGUCCUGCAAAAACACGUACCUCUUACUUUACAAGCUCGCCCCACUCAGAUCGGCGGUAAGCGCAUUUGUGUGGCCUACAGGAAGGAUGGUCGCUGCCGCUUUGGAAGCCGCUGCAAGUUCGCACAUGACAGCGAUCUGCAGAGUAACUGUGUGGUCACCUCGGCUAAUGGACCAAAAGACGAUGAUAAUGUUGCAGGUUCACAUAAUAGUGAUCCGCUGGCUUCUUGUGUGGAAGAGACAGACCCAGACGGAGAGAAAGACAAUGAACAGCGAAAGAAAAGAAGAGUGGGAGUGAACGAUUCUCUCAUUCCACCAAAACGUGCACUCAAGCAGUAUGCCAGACUAUCAAACCCCUAAAAGACAUUAUAAUGCUGCUCACUGGGUAACAACUCACUUUUAUGUGAAAAUCAGGCGUGAUGCUGUGUGUUAUAUUUAUUGAAUUAUUAUGCUACUAAUAACAGUCUGUUUACAUCAGUCUGUUAAACAUUUAAGACAGAUGGUGAUGUGGUCAAUGCAAAAAGAGACUGUAACAAAUAUAAGAAAUAGAUGUCAUUUAUUCAGGUCUGUAGUUUCCAAAAAAAACCUUUUUAUCUUACAUUAGUUGAACUCUAAGGUUUUGAAGCAAUACAUUUAAAUACGCAUACAUGUUUGUUGCCUUAUGAUUUUAAAAAAUAUUGAGUGUAUAUGGUUAAUGUUCAAAAUUCUUUCAAAGUUUUUCUUUUUCACUUGAGCUACUGUGGUUUAUUUCUACUAGGGAUGCACAAUGUAUUGGUGCAUUAUCUAUUACUUGUGAUAGAACAU